UCAUACCUGGCAAAGCGAUUCAGUCAAGUUUUAGUGUUAAGGUGAUAAAAGGGUGACAUCUAGCGGCCGCUGGAGGUACACUUGUUUCAGUGUAAACUCUUCAGGUAAACGCCUCGUUUUCUUCUCGACUGGCGUCAAUAAUUAAUCAGGCAAUUAGCUGUCUCGCUCAACAUGAUUGGUCGACUCGCUUUGAGCAACUCAGCAGAACAUCUAUUGAUCUGACUGCUGAGUCAUGGCGGCCAUUUCUCCUUUUGUUGUUGUUUAUGAGUAACUUUUAAAAUGCUCUCAUGCCUUAAGAUAAUAGAAACGGGGAAUUAUGAGAGGAAAAUAUAGGCAUACAUUGCUAAAUAUCUAUUAUGUCGAAACAAGGAAGAAGAAAUGAGGAAAAUAAGGAAGGUAAGUAUUGAAUUAAAUGUGAUGCAUAAAAAGAAGGAUGGGGGAAGUAAUGAAACAUGAUGGAAGGAUAGAAGGAACUCAAAUGUGGUAUGGAGGGCAGUAAUAAUUCGGUCCUUGUAGUAUCAGGUAAACGACACCAGGGGGUGCUCAGAGCCCGUGAAAUCUCCUUCCCAUCAUGCAUCGGAGGCGUCCACUCCGCGCUUUCCAAAACUGCGACACAUUGCAUGCUUGAUUUGCCUGAAUUAAAAAUUCCUCCUGCGGUUGAAGAGCAACAAUUCGCCUGUCGUGGAGGCGGGAACGACAUGGACGUCUUUUCCCAGAUAACGCUUUCUUUUCUGCAUUUUUCGCGUGUGCACUGUUCGCCGGUGAAUGUUCGCUAUAAAAGCCACACUGUGUCUUAUUUUCGUGCAAAAAACAACCAUUGGUGAAUUAAUUUUAAAAACAUGUUUAAUAUUAGCGAGCGUGGCUGUAUGAAUCAAAUGAUAUCACUUUGCACACUACAUUAAUAUGACUCGCGUGUCUCCAGUCAAUGGGGCCGCCGCUCUACUAUAGCCACGCCCAUUUGUUCUGCUCGUACCUGACGCAGUCUGUAAAAUAGUACCCAGAAAAGCUCAUAUGAAGUAUAUUUUUCACGUCGAAAUUGAGGUGAGCGUUGCGUAUGGGUGAGUUUAACAUCAAUUUACCGAUUUUGGCGACGUAUAUUUUAUUGCGGGGGUGGAGGGGGGCAGGCGGAGGAGGUGGCUUGGGGUAGUGACGCGGCCAUAUAUAAGCUAAGUGCCGCGGACUCUGAUGUGAUUCUCGAAGUGACACAAUCCCCUCAGAAGCUUCGGAGGCUUGGACCGGCUCGUUCGUUCGCUGCAACGCCGUCGACGCUCAUGCGUCUUUACUCGGCCACGCAGAUUUUAUGCCCACGGAGGACGCCGGAGGAAUAAUUUUCACCCCGUUUUGUUUUUCCGACUUGUUUAAAGCAACAGAGGUAAGGCUGCAAGCCUGAAGUCGACACCUGCUGCUCGCGUUUUGAUUUUUUUUUUCAAUUCGAACUGAGCUCCAUGCAUGUUGUCAGCCGCCUAGCUUGCAGCAUCCCCUCGGCGCCCCGCCAUCAUGCCGCUCAGUUCUGCUCUGCUGAGUCGGAACUACGACUACGACUCCCUCCAGCCUUACUUCUACUAUGACCACUCGGAGGAGGACUUCUACCCGCAACAGCCGCAGCCCCCGGCGCCCAGCGAGGACAUCUGGAAGAAGUUCGAACUUCUUCCCACGCCGCCGCUGUCGCCCAGUCGGCGACCCUCGCUUUCUGGCUUGACCUACCCGUCUAACGCCGACCAGCUGGAGAUGGUCAGCGAGUUCCUGGGCGACGACGCCAUCAACCAGAGCAUCAUUUGCGACUCCGCCGACUACUCAGAGACCUUCCUGCAGUCUAUCAUCAUCCAGGACUGCAUGUGGAGCGGCUUCUCGGCCGCGGCCAAGCUCAAGAAGGUGGUGUCCGAGCAGCUUGCCACGCUCCAUGCAGCCCGGAUGGACGUCUCCGCCUUCGCAGCGGCAGCAGCAUCAGCCGCCGCCGCGGCCAAUCCCAGCCUCGCGACCUCCGCCCCUGCCGCCGAUGCGUCCACAACGGGGUCGGCCGAGGUGGCCGCCUGGAGGAGCUACCUGCAGGACCUCAACACGGCGGCGUCAGAGUGCAUCGACCCCUCGGUGGUCUUCCCCUACCCGGUGGCCGAGACCCCCAAGCAGAGCGAGCCUCCCGCUCAGGACCUGGGGCUUGACACGCCUCCCUACAGUGGCAGCAGCAGCAGUAGCAGCGAAUCAGAGGAUGAUGAUGAUGAGGAGGAGGAGGAGGAGGAAGUGGACAACGACAAAGAGGCGGAGGAUGAGGAGGAGAUCGAUGUGGUGACGGUGGAAAAGCGGCAGGCAGUGAAGCGUUGCGACUUGUCAUGCAUCGGCACCGGCAUCCCCCUGGUGCUCAAACGCUGCCACGUCUCCACCCAGCAGCACAACUACGCCGCGCACCCGGGCAAGCGGCUCAAGAUGGACGACGGUGGAGAGUGCAGAGGUGUGAGUCAGAGCGGCACGCCCAAGCAGAUCGGCACCAACCGCAAACGCCGCAGCCCGUCCGACUCAGAGGACCGGGACAAGCGUCGAAGUCACAACGUGCUGGAGCGCCUCCGCCGCAACGAGCUCAAGCUGAGUUUCCUGGCGCUGCGUGACCAGAUCCCCGACCUGGCCAAAAACAACAAGGCGUCCAAGGUGGUGAUCCUCAAGAAAGCGACCGAGUGCGUGCGCACCAUGCACGCCGACGAGUGCCGCCUGCUGUCGCUCAAGGAGCGGCUGAGGCGCCGGGGGCAGCUCCUCGCACACAAACUCGCCGCUCUGCGCCACCAGCACGCUUAGUCGGCGCUCGCCCACCCGCCUCUUUGUUCGUUCGUCCGUUUGUGUUUUUGGAUGCCGACUGUCCUGAGCAGUCGUUUGCAUGCAAUUGCCGAGGGAAAAAAAGAUGGUUGGAAUCUGUUGAUACUGCCUCAAUUCAAGUUAUGACUGAGUUCAGAUAUUUAAAGUUUAUUUUUAUUAAGAAAAUAGAAGGAAAAAUGGUGCCCCGCAGUUCCACAGCAGGGGCCCGAAUUAAAAGAUGAAUUUUUAUGUUUUUGUACAUAUUUAAUAUUUCCUAAGAAAAUGUAUUUUUGGAUCUCAAUUGUCUGGAUUUUCAGACCCCGUGUUUGUUUUUUGCAUUCUGUUCCUUGACCCCCUUUUUGAAAUAUAAAAAGAAUAAUGUUCUCUCA